GGGUUGAUGGGAGGUACAGAGGGAAUGAGCACAAGAGGAGAAAGGCACACAGAGCGAGAGAGAGAAGCCUAUAAUACAGAACAAAAGUAGCCAGGGCUGCAGAUCUUGCCAAAAAGCCUUGCACUGCAUUGUGAGUAAAUUACAAAGAGGGGACAUUCCUGCUGCCUCAGCACAAAUAAUAUAAAAGGGAAGAAGAAGAAGGAUCACCUUCCUCCUUUCUGCACAGAAGAUGCCCUACCUUGCCUGUCAGCAUUGGGCCACCACUGGGAAGGAUCUACCAGCCAUCCCCUUGCUCAUGUGAGACUGUCUCUGGCUGGGAGCCACAGUGAAAACCCGUGGGAUUUGCUAGGUGGGAAAGUGCUGGCUGGUUUGUACAGGAGAGAGAGCUGGGGAUGUGCUGGGGCUGCUGUUGCUGCACUCUAUUCCAGUCCAUGCUCUGAGAAAAGCCUUUUGCCUGCAUUGUCCUUUGCCAUCUGUUUGAAUGGUAUGUCACCAUGCAGACUGCCAGCAAAUGAACCAAAAGAAUCCCCUUAACUUGUGCGAGUCAUGUGACAUCAAGUUCCACAGCACCAUGCACUUUGACAAACAUAUCCGUUUUGACUUGCCUCCCCAAGGUUCGAUUCUAGCCCGCAACGUCUCCACUAGGUCAUGUCCACCACGUACCAGUCCUGCAUCCGAUGUUGAGGAAGAUGAUGAGGAAUUCAUGGAUGGAAAAGGGGACAAAAAAGCUGCAGGCCUGAAAUUAAGCAAGAAGAAAACCAGGAGAAGGCACACAGAUGACCCGAGCAAGGAAUGCUUCACUCUGAAAUUUGAUUUGAAUGUUGAUAUAGAAACUGAGAUUGUUCCUGCCAUGAAGAAGAAGUCACUUGGAGAGGUUUUGAUACCAGCGUUUGAAAGAAAAGGAAUUGAUCUAAAUAAAGUGGAUAUAUUUUUGGACCAGUCCAAUACACCGCUGUCGCUCAAUUUUGAAGCUUACAGAUUUGGAGGGCAUUAUUUAAAGGUUAAAGCCAAACCAGGGGAUGAAGUGAAAGUGGAGCAGGCAGUGAAAGAUUUCAGAUCAUUAAGCUUGCCCAUCAUGAGGAACACAGGGGCGACCUCAGCCUUUAUCUUCAACCCAGCGGUAGAGAGGUCUGAUCAGCCACCAUUCAAACGGGAAAACACAGAUAUCCUGGCUCCAGGACGAAGGAGGAAGAAUAUGACUGAAUUUCUUGGGGACGCAAGUAUUCCGGUACAAGAUCCCCUUCAGGGUUUUAGCGGUUCUUUGCCCAACAACGGCACAGACACGUGGAAAAACAGAGCUGCCAGCCGCUUCAGUGGAUUCUUUGGCUCUGCUGCUACUGGUCCAUUUGGAAGGGAGAUAGACAAAAUGGAGCAGCUGGAAAGCAAGUUGCAUUCAUACAGUAUGUUUGGCCUUCCCAAGUUGCCCCAGCAGCUUUGCUUCGACCAGGACUCGUGGGAGGAAGAAGAAGACGAUACCAACCUGACUCUAGAAGAUAGCUGGCAGGAAAUCAUUGAGGUUCCUGAGACUCUUACUAGGCGACAGUGCCACCAGCAAGAGGCCAUUUGGGAGUUACUACAUACAGAAGCCACAUACAUCAAGAAACUGAAAGUGAUAACUGAUCUUUUCCUUUGUUGCCUGUUGAAUCUACAAGAGUCCGGACUAUUAUGUGAGGUGGAACCUGACAAGUUGUUCAGCAAUGUCCAGGAGAUCAUCCAGUUACACAAAACCCUUUGGAGCACUGUCAUGGUACCAGUACUGGAGAAGGCAAGAAAGACUAAGAGUUUACUAAACCCCAUGGACUUCCAAAAUGGAUUCAAAACGUUCGAGUCCCUGUUUAAACCAUAUAUCAGAUACUGUAUGGAGGAGGAAGGCUGCAUGGAAUAUAUGAGAAAUCUGCACCGGGACAAUGAGAUUUUUAAGUCCUACGUAACGUGGUCGGAAAAACACAAGCAAUGCAAUCGACUGAAACUGAGUGACAUGUUGGUGAAGCCACAUCAGCGCCUUACAAAGUAUCCCCUGCUGCUGAAAUCAAUCUUGAAAAAGACAGAUGACCCGCAAAUCAGAGAGUCCAUCAUUCUCAUGAUCAGCUCAGUGGAGCGUUUCAUCAAUCAUGUGAAUUCACGGAUGCGCCAAAGACAAGAACAGCAACGCCUGGCCGCAAUUAUUGGCCGCAUUGAUUCUUAUGAGGCUGUGGACAGCAGCACAGACGAAGUGGACAAGAUUCUAAAAGAAUUCUGCAGGCUAGAUUUAACAGCCCCCAUGAUUGGAACAUCCCCUGAAGAUACACGUCAACUUCUUUUAGAAGGAAGUCUAAAGAUGAAGGAAGGGAAAGAUAGCAAGAUGGAUGUUUACUGUUUCCUGUUCACUGAUCUCUUCCUCAUUACAAAGCCAGUCAAAAAAGCUGAAAGAACCAAAGUAAUUAGGCAGCCGCUACUAGUGGAUAAAAUUGUAUGCAGGGAACUUAAAGAUCCAGGUUCCUUCUUGCUGAUCUAUCUGAAUGAAUUCCGCAGUGCCGUUGCUGCAUAUACAUUUCAAGCCAGUGGGCAGUCAUUGUGCAGAGGGUGGAUUGAAGCCUUUUACAAUGCACAGAAUCUCUUGCAAAGAACGAGGCAGGAGUGUCUGCGUAACCAGCAACCAGUGCCGCAUCUUCAAGAAGAGGAGGAAGAUAUGGAAAGUGGGACGUCGGCUGCGAGCUCCCCAACCAUACGGCGCAGGAGCAGUGCAGACAUGUUAAACAGUCAGUCAGAUAGUUCCACCGAAACUAUCUCAGUGGUUGUCAUUGAUGCUGGCGACGAGCUUUCUUCUCCUGAAGUUGAAAAUGGACCAUUUGACUCUCAGUCAGAUGAAACUUCAAUUAGUACAACUGCAUCAUCCAUUACGCCAACAAGAGACAUGUUUGAAAGUAUGGACUCUCCUGAAACACACCCAGUUGUUGACUCCAAUUAUUUAAAACUGGAACCAAACGGUUGUAGAUCUUCAUCCAUUGACAGCGCUUAUGGAACUCUUUCUCCAACGUCGUUGGAAGAGUUUGUAGGACGUCAGCAACAGGAAAUAGCAGAGGAUGAGAGAGAGUCCAUUAGUUCCCAGCGUUCUUCGUCUCCUAAACUUCGUAGGAGAACACCUGUUCAGCUCCUACCAUGUAAAUCUAAAGUACUGAAAUCCAAGUCGGAAGCUAGCCUCCUUCAUCUGAUAACGACCGGUCCUUUGACUAGCAAUAGUGAAGAAAUAACUCAUCUGACUCAAAGUAAAAGCUUAAGUGAACUUUUUAUGUCCCCAAGACCUGAUAUUUUUUAUCAACCGGAUAAUCUAAAAACAGACAGAAAAUAUAUCUCCACAAACGGAUUUAAAAGGACUAGCAUGGUGGAGCGAACAUCCAAUCACAUGGAGGAGCAUGUCAUAAAACCCAGAUCUCAGUCAGACUGCACAGGCCGAAGAGUGGUCAACAUUGGCAGCUGCAGUAGUAGCUCCUCAGAUCUUUCCGAAUCAGAGGAAAGCGGAUCUGCAAAAUCUACUGCUUGUUUCAGAAACGAUAAUAAAAUACGAGAUACGUUAUCUGAGUCUGAGCAACUUCAAUCCCUGCAAGAGUUUGAAGUGGACUCUUCAGAACAUGUGUUCAGUAAAUCUUUCCCCGAACAGUUUUCUGGUGAAGUAGAAUUGAACAAUGAUAAUGUUUCUGGUAGUGCCAGACGGACAAUGUCAGAUCCACAGUCUUCCCAACACAGGAAACUUACUUUGGCACAGUUGUACAGAAUUAGAACGACUUUACUCCUUAAUUCUACGCUAACUGCUUCAGAGGUGUAAUUUCAUGGAGACAUCAGACACGGGAUCCAGAGAGUAGAUAUUGUGAAGAAAGGUGCAGAACACAAAUGGCUCUUCACAUGGCAGAUGCUGAAGAUCACUAUGCCCUACAAGUCGUAAACCUGGGAGUAUGAAAAUAAUCACCCGAUGAAGGAUUAUUGUAUCCGAAACAUGUUGUGCCGGAAAAAAUAAAACAACACUGAAUUUCAUGAAGUGAAUUUCAGAGUGAAGUUAAUGCUGACUUCUGGAAUGGAUACCAGCUCGCAUCAGGAGCACGUCUCUUCAAGGGGAUCAAACUGAAUUAAUUCUCAGCAACUAACUUGUGACAGGGCUUUGUGUCUCCAAAGACUGCACAACAGAGAGAGAUUUUACUUGCACUUUCAAAUACCAGCCAAAACUCUUAUAAGAAGUUCAGAGUUCUGGCACAGAACAUACUGGUGGCAUCAAGACUCAUAGCAUCAAAAAGAAAACGGACCCAUAACUCAUCUGAAACAUCCAGUGGCUAUGAGGAAUAAACUUCCUCUGGGCUUUCAUACUCUUCCUGUACAUUCCCAGCAUGCCAGCACAGAUUCACCAGGCUAAUCCAAGCAGCAAACAGGUUCCAGAGGCGAAGCAGAGGUACACGACGUGCCUGAAGGUGGCAGAAUGGAGCCAACUUUACAUUAAUACAGUGUUUGGAAGUUGCCUGGAUAAGAUUUUCGGAACCAGAGCCAGCUCUUUGCAGAGGCACCUGCAGGGUUCAAUGGAGACUUGGAGUAACCUGGCAAGCGACAGAGCCCAGGAGUUAUUAAAUCAGGUGGUGGGACAGUUCUUUGUUGGCAGGAACUUCCUAUUUGGCGUCAAGGUAUGGGAUCCGUUAUUCGGAAACCCAUUAUACAGAAAGCUCCGAAUUACGGGAAGGCCAUCUCCCAUAGACUCCAUUUUAUCCAAAUAAUCCAAAUAAUUAAAAAUGAUUUCCUUUUUCUCUGUAAUAAUAAAAGAGUAACUUGUACUUGAAAAAAAAAAGAUAAAAGAACAGAGCAACUCCGAACAGGCUUUUUCAUAUUUCCUUAAGAAUAUUGCAAUUAUGUAGCCACUGUAUGUACUAGCAAAGCUGUAAUUCACACCAGAUAUGUUUAUUAAAUAGCUCAUCCAACUGAGCACUGUCGUAUCAUUAUCCGUCAGAGUACUCCGAAUAAUGGAUUCCACAUGGUGCUGGCCUUUUCUAUUGCAAUCGAUGACCAAAGUUAGCUUUCAUGUUCCUUAAUUGGACAAGCAGGGUCUAACUUUUGGGAAUGUGUUGGUGUGUAGCUUUAUGAAAUAUGAUUUAAAAAAAACAAAAAACUGUGAAAUAUGUAAGUCACAGGAGUUAGAGGUUGUGUUUCUAUGAUACUUAGAAGAUAAUAUGCCCUGCAGGGAAACGUUUUCUUCUUUAUUUUUAUGAAAUGGGAUGUUGUUCUAAAAAAACCAGAGAAACCUGAAAAUGUUUACAGGAACAGUAUUAUAAUUAUUGUGAGACAUGGUGCUUGCCAAUGUUUAAAUUAUUUUUUUUUUCCAUUGAGAUUAUAUGUUUAAAUAUGAAUGUUUAUAAAUCUAUUUAACAUUUAAAGGGCACUUUAUGUGUAUUUUUAACAAGCCACAGAUAUUGAUUCAUUAGCACUGCAUGAAUUCUUGCAGAUUUUGUAUUGAGUUUAUUAGGACAGCAUUACCUGCCUGUAUAUUAAAUUGCUCUUAACCACUGACAAGCUGUACUUUUCCAACGUGAAAUCCUGUGCCCUCCCCACCCUAGUUUAUAUCGUUUUCUAGCAUUGUACCCUGUGUGUAGGAUAUGUGCUCCUCAUUUUACUUGGAAAAGUAUAUAACAUGUAAAUAUUUUUUUAACUAAAACUUGUAAAUUAAAAGACAUGAAAUUUGACGUGCGCUGGUAGGUUAAAUACACAUUCAGUACCUGUAAAAAUAUAUUUAGCAAGAGACGUACAAUAAAAACAUUUACACCAAAA